GCUAUCGAGCUCUAUAUAUAUAUUAUAUGUAUGUGUACAGGUAUCUGCAUCUUAUCUCUUCAAUCCAUUCUUGAGAAUCAUAAUAUUCGUACUUUGCGAUCUGUGUUGUGUUGUGUUGGGUUCAGAUUGGGAUCAGAGUUAGGUUUUGAUCAAAGAUAAUGGAGUUGGCGAUGAGCUUAGGUGACGUGUUGCUGAAGGUCGGCUUGUUCUUCCUGGUUCAAGCUCUGGUUUAUCUUAUUCUCACUAGUUCUUCCAACAUCUUCUCCAAGUCCGGUGGUAGAUCACAGAGCUUCAGGACCGCCCGCUCCCUGAGUAUUCGCCGGAUUCUCGCCGUCCUCUCCGAUCAGCCCGCCGAGCCCUCUCCUUCUGCUAAGGGCCCUCCCUCCCCGGCUGCUCAGAACUACAAGUCUGAAUAAUAUAAUCUCUCCUCAGGCCCCGCAGCUUCUUUGCUGUAGUCUAAUUAGGCCGUGGAUUUGCAAAAUCAAUGGAGAUAGCUAACUGGGGGAUUCUUAUGCUGCCUUAGGGGUUGUUAUUCUUUUGUUCUUUUUCUGGUGUGUAUAUAUAUCAUAUGAAUUUGGAAUAUUGAGCAUCAAGUUUCUGCUUUUGUGUAUUUCUCUGCUAGCAGCUGUUAUUAUAUACUGGGGAUGCAUGAGAAAGAGUAUCUUCUUGUAUCCAAAUCGAUUCAUGAUAUGGAACUUGGGGGGGGGGGGGUGUGUGUAGCCUA